AUGUUAAAGCCACCCGCGGCGUGGCCGCCUCUGCCCACAGUGUGGAUCAGCCUCUACUACGUGGGCUUCUACGUGGUGAUGACCGGACUCUUCGCCCUGUGCAUCUACGCGCUGAUGCGGACCAUCGACCCGUACACGCCGGACUACCAAGACCAGCUGAAGUCGCCAGGGGUGACCCUGAGGCCGGACGUCUACGGGGAGAAAGGCCUGGAGAUUUCCUACAACGUCUCAGACAACCGGACCUGGGUGGGCUUCACGCACACGCUCCGGGCCUUCCUGGCAGGUGAGCAGGGCCCGCCCCGCAAGGAUGUCCAGCCGCUGCAGGUGGAGUACUACCCGGCCAACGGCACCUUCAGCCGACACUACUUCCCCUACUACGGGAAGAAAGCUCAGCCCCACUACAGCAACCCCCUGGUGGCCGCGAAGCUGCUCAACAUCCCCACGGACACGGACGUCAAGGUCGUGUGCAAGGUCAUCGCGGACCGCGUGACCUUCGACAACCCCCACGACCCCUACGAAGGGAAGGUGGAGUUCAAGCUCACGAUCCCGCAGUGA